AUAGGCCUGCCAGACACCCCCUGCGCUCUCCUUGUAUCUCUGUCACACAUACACAGUCGCACCUGGUUAAUUGGUAACCAGUGUUUAUGGGUAGCCGGGAACUUGUAGUUCGACUACGCUGUAGCGAGAAGACUCAUGAGACAAUAUGUCGGCUUUUGAUGACAGUGAGCCAGCGGACAGCAUGUACGACACAGAGGCUGACCUCCCGGGUUUAGCGGCCGGCAGCGGAGGUGGUGCUGACAGUCCAGAAGACGAUGGAGAGGAUGGCAUCAUCAACAUGUCCCCCCUGCCCUCACCGACUCCUUCCCAUCCAAACAACCACCACCACCACCUGCUGCACCCCCACAUCUACGCCACCCACCACCACCACCUCCUCCUCCACAACAACAGCAACAGCAGCAGCAAUGACCAGGACUUCACUACACCCAAGGAGGGCUCGCCCUAUGAGGCGCCUGUCUACAUUCCUGAUGACAUUCCCAUUCCCAGCGAACUGGAGCUGCGGGAGUCCUCUGUGCCUGGUGCCGGCCUUGGCGUAUGGGCCAAGACCCACAUUGGUGCUGGCGAGAGGUUUGGUCUGCACAACAUGCUGCAUCAUGGAGCCACGGGCAAAGACAGCUCCUUUGGAUGGGAGAUGAUGAAUGACCAUGAAGAAGCCUCCCCUGACAGCUGCGUCAAAAAGAUCUCCAGGGAGGCGGUUAUAGAGAUAAUGAGCGAAGAAGAAUGA